CAAAGAAUAAGGAGGGUUUCACAAGCGAAGACGCUCUUAACAGUGGACGGCCUGAAAGCAGUAAAGAUUUAUCAUUUUAUCUACCUCUAUUUGGCUCGAACACUGGCCCAUUGACAGCGAACACACAGUAUAUUGAACUGUGAUAGCCAGAAUGGGAAGGCACGGACCUUAGGCAAGGAGCGCAUGGUAGCGGGCAGCCACGGCUCGCACGGGCCUCAUGUACCGCCGGGGAUGCAACAUCACCACCCGGGCCAGCACCCCUCCCAGCACUCACCGCACCCCUCUCAACAGACCUCACACACAGCAACCCGGCCAGCCCGUUCCCCAGAAUGGACAGAGUCCGGCCAGCAAGGUUCGCCGUCCUCGAAAGCCGCUGCCAACGACAGAGUCAAGCGUCCCAUGAACGCCUUCAUGGUGUGGUCUAGGGGGACAGCGACGAAAAAUGGCCCAGGAGACCCCAAGAUGCACAACUCUGAGAUCAGCAAACGUCUCGGGGCAGAGUGGAAGUUACUGUCCGAGUCUGAGAAGAGGCCUUUCAUCGACGAGGCGAAGCGAUUGAGGGCUCUACAUAUGAAGGAGCACCCCGACUACAAGUACCGACCCAGACGCAAGACGAAAACUUUGAUGAAAAAGGACAAAUACGCUAUACCAGGUAUGUCGCCAGCCCCAGUUCAACAGGUGGGGAGGGACGUGUAUAUGAACGGUUACAUGCCGAACGGCUACCCUAUGAUGGCACCAGACCCCCACGCCGCCUACUCCUCACAACACAUGGCCGCUCAGAUGUCGGGUUUGACCCAUGGACAGUACGGUAACUAUCUCUCAGCUCAAUCCAUGUCCCCGCAAAUGACGACGGGCUCGUACAUGCCGAAUGGCACGUCAGGGUACACUAUGUCGAUGGCCUCCAUGUCGCCUUACGCCUCAAUGCCGCAUGCCCAUUCCCAGAUGUCGCAGCUUUCACAGAUCAAGCGGGAGCCAGGCAGUGGGCAGGGGACCCCACCGGUGAUCCGCACCCCCCGGGCCCCGGGAGAUAUAGGUGAAAUGAUAAGUAUGUACUUACCUGUGGAUGCUAAUGAUCCUAACUCACAUGCAAGACUCCAAAUGCAAAGUGCUCAAUACGCUCAUCAGGUGUCGUCAGGUGAGAGCGGAGUGAACAAUACGGUACCCCUAACGCACAUGUAGAUUGGGAAGGGGCCUGCUCUUAGGUAGACUCUUGGCAGAAUUUUUUUUUUUUUUUUACAAAUUAGCUAAAAAGUACAUGUACCGUUUUACAUGCAAAAGAUGGCGGCUGACCGACGCAGAGCUUUUUUUUUUUUUUUUUACUGAUCGUGUGGUGUGAGGGGGUUGGCAAUCGACGAUGUAUGUGACAAAAAUCGGAGCGAGAAACUUUCCGAAAGUUUCCUGGAAGUUUGUGUUGUUAUUUUUUUUUUGUCGUCCGUCAUUCUGUGAAAAGUUAAACUUCACCAGGAGUGCUGACUGAACUGACACUAAUUCCUUUGAAGUCAUGGACUGAUGAGAGAGAAACAAGAGGUGAGGAACCGAAUAGAAGAAAAAGGUGGAUAGGAGCUACCUAUAAAUGGGCCCCGCAUAAAUAUAUAUAUCUAAAUAAAUAUUUAUAUAUAUAUGAUUUCUUCACCCAUCAAGCCUGCCACAGAGGAGUGUACAUAGACUUGUUCACAUUUUGACUGAUAUUGACGUAAUUUCACCUGUCCAGGAGGGGUGAAAAAAUGUCAUUCUUUUUCUGAUGACGUGAUGAUGAUAUUCAAAAAGUGCGAGACAUAUCUCUCCCUGGUGAGAUUCGAUAUAUGUAUGUAUAUAUGUUGAAUGUCUCACCUUCAUCCGAUCCUGUCCAUUUUGACAUUUCUCAUUGGUACUCAACGAAAUCAUGCAACUGGCUAACGUAAGUGUAGUCUCUGUAUACCUUUUAUCUCGCUCUCAAGAUUUCAGAGCAUAAUCUCACAUAUAGCAUAAUUGAUUUAAUUUUAUCGACAUUCCGCUCAUUUGACAUAUCCAAUUUUUCGUUUUUUUUUAUUUCACAUUCCGACACCAGCGCUGACUAGGUUUACUCAUGGGUCAGUUGACUGGUCCAUGAUUGUACUCACAUUCACCGUUUUUUGACCAAUUUUUGUACGUACAAAAUAUUGUCUUGUACACAUGGAGUGAGGCCAAUUCAACCUAUCAAUGGAUACUGAACGAGCUAUUAAGUGCGAUCAUCAGUGAGUGAAUGGAUGGAUGAUUGAUAGUGUGCAUUGAGUGAUUGAGAACGCGUAACAGUGAAAAAAAAACACGACUGAAUGUGUGAAUCUGAAGUUCUAUAUAUUAUAUAUAAAUACAAAUAUGUGUAUAUUUAGUUUAAAACUUACAGUAGAUAUUUUUUGCGUAUAUUGAGAAGAGUGGUUGUCUUGGAUAUUGUAUAGUCUUGACUGACACAAUAGAGUCCGUAUGAAAAGGGUUAACAUAGUUUUUUUUUCCAUUAUAUUUACUGUUAAACUGAUGCCUGAGCAAGAUAUUCUUGUCUUGAUUUUUAGUUUGUGCACAGUUCGACUCCGAAUAUUUUUCCGGGUUAGCUUUUUUGUACAUUCUCUCACAUUCCUGUUAUUAAAUUUUAUUUUAUAUGAAUUUUUUGUUGUUGUAGAGAUCGGACUUAGACAGUUACAUAUCACUCUGUUAAUGUGCCUAUAUAUAUCUAUUUGAUUUUUUUUAUUUUGAUGUGUUAAAUUUAAUUUAAUGGGGUAUUUGACAACCCCGCGUCGUACUUCUGAACAAACCAUUCCUAUACUCUAUUGAGGCUCCCUUCGCAACUUUACUUUCCAUUGUUACUUCGGGAACACAUAUUGAAUUCAUUUUGUACAGAAAAUACAACAUUGACCAUGUACAGUAUAUGUUCCCAGAACGACGCGUUUCAUUUUUUGAAAAAGUCAAAAAAUAAAAUUGAAAAAAAUUUCAAUGAAGAAGUAUA